UCUUAGUUUCCUGACCAGGGGUGGAACCCAUGCCUCUUGCAGUGGAAGUCCUGUGUUGUGGUCUUUUGAUAACAAAACAGAGUAGUUUUCUUGAAUGAAAACAAUCAUUAAGGACUUUAUACAAAACACAAAUUAUCUCUAGAAGGGUUUGAUUAUGUCCAUUAUGAAUCCUGAGCCCAGCUUAAAGGUGAUGGGAAUGUGUAUAUCACUAUUAGAGUGAAUCUACCAGAAUUAAACUGAAUAAAGGGAACAUUCACAUUCAUCAGCUACAGCUAUCCCUUUCCCAUGAAGAACAUGAGACUUAAUAAUAGAACAAGGCUAGGACUUCCCUGGUGGCCCAGUGGUUGACUCCCUGCUCCCAGUGCAGGGGGCCUGGGUUCAAUCCCUGGUCAGGGAACUAGAUCCUGCAUGCCACAACUAAAGAUCCCGCAUGCUGUAACUAAGACCUGGUGAGGCCAAAUAAAUAUUUUUUAAAAAAAUAAUAGAACGAGGCCAUAAUGAAUCUUGGGGUGGUGGUUAGGAUUUUAAAUGCUGAAUUGUUGUAUUCUGUUGAAAAGAAGUUAGAUAUAGAAGUUUUAUUUAAUUUUUUUUUCCUUAAAAGGGUUUCUUGGAUACUUCGUAGAGAUUAGUAUUAAGGUGUAUGGGAUCUUGGUGGUUUAUUAUUGGCAAUAGACCUGCUUCAGCUCAGGUCUCUUCCCACCCUAUUAACCAAAAAGAAAAAAUGUGUAUCGGCUGUAUGUAAGGUCUGAAAGCACCAUUUCUUCAAGCUCUCUUUGUUGCAUAGUAAAGGGCAUGUCUUCAUUUUUAGGCAAGAAGGGCCUCACUGGGCACAGUUACUUGGUAUUUGUUUUAAAUUUCACUUUAUUUGGCAUGCUAAGAAUCAUUUAGGACUUAACCGUUCUAAUAGAGAUCUUUAAUAAUUCAACCCAGAAGUGAAAAAGUUAAAUUGCAGAUUAAAGCAAGUUGUCUUUACUUGGUGGGUAUAUACAUUAUUUGCUUUUGAUUCUCAUCCAUUGUCUAGGCUGUAUUCUUGUGCAUACAGAAAAACAGUUGACUUCCCUUAAACUCUGCAGGUCUCGAAUUAAAAUUCAGUUCCUUGAAAUCAUUCUCCCUCUUGCAACUUUCCCAUGUUACAUAUGUAUUCUAUGUCUUGGAACUUAACCAGGGUAGAAACAAAAAAGCCUUUUAGUGGCUAGUUACACGUUUAUUACUUUUAGGUUGUUACAGUAACACUUUUGCUACAUGUUAGAUAAUUUAUUAAUGUUUGUUACGUUGUUGUAGUAAUACUUAACGUUGUAACUCUUUUGUUAGUUUGUAACAAUUCUCUGAAAUCAUAGCAGGCCUUUUAAAAUAUUGUAUUAAAUUAACCACUAGUGACAAGUUAAAUUUAUGUAUUUGUAGAUUUCAACUAUUAGGUUCCAAGUCAAACCUGUUCUCCUUUCCCUUUUAAAAUUCUACUUAUUAAAGCAAUAACCCAUUUAAAAUAAAAGUAAAUUUAUUUUUAUUUAUUUAUUUUUUGCGGUACGCGGACCUCCCACUGCCGCGGCCUCUCCCGUUGCAGAGCACAGGCUCCGGACGUGCAGGUCCAGUGGCCAUGGCUCACGGGCCUAGCCGCUCCGCGGCAUGUGGGAUCCCCCGGACUGGGGCACGAACCCGUGUCCCCUGCACCGGCAGACAGACUCUCAACCACUGCGCCACCAGGGAAGCCUUAAAAGUAGAUUGUUUUUUUCCCCACUUCUCAAUUUCCAACUACAUAGUCAGACUGGAGGACUAUAGAUUUAAAAAAUUUCUUUCCAGGACUGUUUUUUAAUAGCACAAAUUUUGGCCAGAAAGCUUUAACUUAAAGUUUUAUGGAAUAUGAAGUUUUAACUUUGUUAAUUUCUUUUAGAAGGGCGCUAUAUUCCUCCUCACUUAAGGAACAGAGAAGCUACUAAAGAGGUGCCAAAAUGAAGAUGGGGUUAUUGGGGAAUAGUUAACAAGCAUUGGGCACGCUCCCAAUAGAUGGGAGUGAUUCUCUGGCUUCAUCUCCUUGCCUUAACUGCUUCAUUUGAAAGGUCUUAUCUAAAAGGAUUCUAUGAUAAAGACAGUUCAGGGUGGAGUUCUAGUAAAGAUAAGGAUGCAUACAGCAGUUUUGGUUGCCGUAGUGAUUCAAGAGGGAAGUCUAGUUUCUUCAGUGAUCGUGGAAGUGGAUCAAGGGGAAGGUUUGAUGAUCGUGGACGAGGUGACUAUGACAGCAUUGGCAGCCGUGGUGAGAGAGGUGGCUUUGGAAAAUAUGAACGUGGUGGAAACAGUCGCUGGUGUGACAAAUCAGAUGAAGAUGAUUGGUCAAAACCACUCCCGCCAAGUGAACGCUUGGAACAAUCUUCUGAUUGCAGAGAACUUUUUUCUGGAGGCAACACCGGGAUUAACUUUGAAAAAUACGAUGACAUUCCAGUUGAGGCAACAGGCAACAACUGUCCUCCACACAUUGAAAGUUUCAGUGAUCUUGAGAUGGGAGAAAUUAUUAUGGGAAACAUUGAGCUUACUCGCUACACUCGUCCAACUCCAGUGCAAAAGCAUGCUAUUCCUAUUAUCAAAGAGAAGAGAGACUUGAUGGCUUGUGCCCAAACAGGGUCUGGAAAAACUGCAGCAUUUCUCUUGCCCAUCUUGAGUCAGAUUUAUUCUGAUGGUCCAGGCGAGGCUUUGAGGGCCAUGAAGGAAAAUGGAAGGUAUGGGCGCCGCAAACAAUACCCAAUCUCCUUGGUGUUAGCACCAACUAGAGAAUUGGCUGUACAGAUCUAUGAGGAAGCCAGGAAAUUUUCAUACCGAUCUAGAGUUCGUCCUUGCGUGGUUUAUGGUGGUGCUGAUAUUGGUCAGCAAAUUCGAGACUUAGAACGUGGAUGUCACUUGUUAGUAGCCACUCCAGGACGUCUAGUGGAUAUGAUGGAAAGAGGGAAGAUUGGAUUAGACUUCUGCAAAUACUUGGUGUUAGAUGAAGCUGAUCGGAUGUUGGAUAUGGGGUUUGAGCCUCAAAUACGUAGAAUCGUUGAACAAGAUACUAUGCCACCAAAGGGAGUUCGCCACACUAUGAUGUUUAGUGCUACCUUCCCGAAGGAAAUACAGAUGCUUGCUCGUGAUUUCUUGGAUGAGUAUAUCUUUCUGGCCGUAGGAAGAGUUGGCUCUACCUCUGAGAACAUCACACAGAAAGUAGUCUGGGUGGAAGAGUCAGACAAACGGUCAUUUCUGCUUGACCUUCUAAAUGCAACAGGCAAAGAUUCACUGACCUUAGUGUUUGUGGAGACCAAAAAGGGUGCAGAUUCUCUAGAGGAUUUCUUGUACCAUGAAGGAUAUGCCUGUACGAGUAUCCAUGGAGACCGAUCUCAGAGAGAUAGAGAAGAGGCUCUUCACCAGUUCCGCUCAGGAAAAAGCCCGAUUCUAGUGGCUACAGCAGUAGCAGCAAGAGGACUGGACAUUUCAAAUGUGAAACAUGUUAUCAAUUUUGAUUUGCCCAGUGAUAUUGAAGAAUAUGUACAUCGCAUUGGCCGUACAGGACGUGUAGGAAACCUUGGCCUUGCCACCUCAUUCUUUAAUGAGAGGAACGUAAAUAUUACCAAGGAUUUGUUGGAUCUUCUUGUUGAAGCUAAACAAGAAGUGCCAUCUUGGUUAGAAAACAUGGCUUAUGAACAUCACUACAAGGGUAGCAGUCGUGGACGAUCCAAAAGUAGUAGAUUCAGUGGAGGAUUUGGUGCCAGAGACUAUCGACAGAGUAGUGGUGCCAGCAGUUCCAGCUUCAGCAGCAGCCGCGCCAGCAGCAGCCGCAGUGGUGGAGGCGGCCAUGGCAGCAGCAGAGGGUUUGGUGGAGGUGGCUAUGGAGGCUUUUACAACAGUGAUGGAUAUGGAGGAAAUUAUAACUCCCAGGGGGUUGACUGGUGGGGUAACUGAACCUGCUUUGCAGUAGGUCACCCUGCCAAACAAGCUAAUAUGGAAACCACAUGUAACUUAGCCAGACUAUACCUUGUGUAGCUUCAAGAACUCGCAGUACAUUACCAGCUGUGAUUCUCCACUGAAAUUUUUUUUUUAAGGGAGCUCAAGGUCACAUGAAGAGUUGAAAGGAACAAUCAGCAGCCCUGUUCAGAAGGUGGUUUGAAGACUUCAUUGCUGUAGUUUGGAUUAACUCCCCUCCCAACCCCCAUCCCAAACUGCAUUUAUAAUUUUGUGACUGAGGAUCAUUUGUUUGUUAAUGUACUGUGCCUUUAACUUUAGACAACUUUUUAUUUUGAUGUCCUGUUGGCUCAGUAAUGCUCAAGAUACCAAUUGUUUUGACAAAAUAAAUUUACUGAACUUGGGCUAAAAUCAAACCUUGGCACACAGGUGUGAUACAACUUAACAGGAAUCAUCGAUUCAUCCAUAAAUAUUAUAAGGAAAAAACUUAUGCGGUAGCCUGCAUUAGGGCUUUUUGAUACUUGCAGAUUGGGGGAAAACAAACAACAAACGUCUUGAAGCAUAUUAAUGGAAUUAGUUUCUAAUGUGGCAAACUGUAUUAAGUUAAAGUUCUGAUUUGCUCACUCUAUCCUGGAUAGGUAUUUAGAACCUGAUAGUCUUUAAACAAGCCAUUCCAGUCAUGAUGAGGUGAUGUAUGAAUACAUGCAUACAUUCAAAGCACUGUUUUCAAAGUUAAUGCAAGUAAAUACAGCAAUUCCUCUUUCAAUGUUUAGGCAGAUCAUUAAUUAUGAGCUAGCCAGAUGUGGGCAUACUAUUACAGGGAAAGUAUAAAGGUCUGAUAACUUGAGAUAGGUUUUUAGGAGAAUUCAUCUACUUAGACUUUAUAAAUGCCUGCCAUAAGUGAAAUUGAAAUGGUAGAAUGGCUGACCACAGCAAUGACCAGCCCUCAUUUAGGGCCCUGGAUGAUUUUUGGUCUAAUAACGCAUGCUAGUGUUGAUGUUUUUUGGUCAAGAGGGUAUGAACAGGAAGAAUUAAUGCAGCAGGCUUUAUUUUAAAUGCCGAUUUACAUUACUCUGUUCAAGCUGCGUUGAGAUGUUAAACUGGCUUACUAUAGACUUUGUAAAAAUGGCUCCAGAAGAGUAACAAACUGAAAUCUUUUGAGAUCACACAGGUUGGAAAUAUGUACAUAACUGCACAAGGUGUCAAUUCUGCUAUACAGUGCAGUUUUAGUCAGUUUUAGUUGCAUAGGUUUCCAUUGUAUUUAUAGUCUGUUUAUGCUAAAUCUGGCCAAAGAUGAGCAUUGUCCACCACUAAAAUGCCUCUGCCACUUUGAAUUCUGUGCUAAUUUUGUGGCCAGAAUGCGGUGAUCAAAACGCUCAAUCUUUUUACAGUGGCAUAGGAAGAUGGCAAAAAUUUCCUAAAGUGCAAUAGAUUUUCAAGUGUAUUGUGCCUUGUUCUAAAACUUUUAUUAAGUAGGUGCACUUGACAGUAUUGAGGUCAUUUGUUAUGGUGCUAUUUCAAUUAGUCUAGGUUUAGGCCCUUGUACAUUUUGCCCAUAACUUUUUACAAAGUACUUCUUUUAUUGCACAUUCAGAGAAUUUUAUAUAUAUGUCUUGUGUGCGUGUCCUUAAACUUCCAAUCUUAUUUUGUCUCUUGGAGAUUGUUGAACGCAGCUUGUCUAGGAAGGGGAUGGGACUAGAUUCUAAAAUUUAUUUGGGACCAUGGGAAUGAUAGUUGGGAAGAAAACUAUUUGCACACGACAGAUUUCUAGAUACUUUUUGCUGCUAGUUUUAUGUAAUAUUUAUUGAACAUUUUGACAAAUAUUUAUUUUUGUAAGCCUAAAAGUGAUUCUUUGAAAGUUUAAAGAAACUUGACCAAAAGACAGUACAAAAACACUGGCACUUGAAUGUUGAAUGUCACCGUAUGCGUGAAAUUAUAUAUUUCGGGGUAGUGUGAGCUUUUAAUGUUAAGUCAUAAUAAACUCUUAAGUCAAAUUAAGCAGACCCGGCAUUGGCAGUGUAGCCAUAACUUUCUGAUGUUAGUAAAAAUAAAAUUGGCGACUUUAAAUUAAAUCAUGCCAAGGUUUUGAUACACUUGUCUUAAGAUAUUAAUGAAACACUUCAAAACACUGAUACGAAGUGUCCAGAUUCUCAGAUAUUGUGUGAGUUUUGUUUCGUUGUGUGUAUUUUUUUUUUUCAGUGAAUGUCUGGCUCAUUGCAAUCCUCAAACAUGUGGUUAUCUUUGUUGUAUUGGCAUAAUCAGUGACUUGUACAUUCAGCGUUAGCAUUUGAGCAAGUUUUAUCAGCAAGCAAUAUUUUCAGUUAAUAAAUAAGGUUUCAAAAAUCACAUGAGUGGAUUUAAACUUGCUGAAUGUGAAGAUUGAACCUCAAGUCACUGUAGCUUUAGUAAUUGCUUAUUGUAUUAGUUUAGAUGCUAGCACUGCAUGUGCUGUGCAUAUUCUGAUUUUAUUAAAAUAAAAAGUUGAACUGCACAGUCUCCUUUGUUGUUGUCAAUUGUGGUUUAUUAUUAGAGGUGAAAAUAAAGUUGUGCUCUUGCCUGAA